CAUGAAACGCAACAAGCACGCAUUCAGUGGGGACUCGGAAGUUGGGAAGUCAGUUGUAGGCUGCCGCGUUAGAGCGUACUGCUUGGCUAAAACGGUUCCCAGUUCCGCAGUGCUUCGUACAGACCGUACAGACCUUGGCCAGAAGGAAAGGCGUUUUAGGUGUAUUUUGAAAUCGAUAUAAUUGGAAGUGGAUGUCGGGUUGUUAUAUUUUGUAGAAAUCAAACGGAAUAAUAAGCUGUUACACGUUCACCGUAGAUUAAUUUUGUGCAUCAUGGAAGUGUUGCCAAGUGCAGGUGGACUGUGGGGUGAAUAUUCGUAAAGAUGUCUCACCACAGUGACGACAACAUGCUGAUAGCAACCAGCGACUCAUUCUGGGAACCUGGCAACUAUAAGCGAACAACAAAACGUAUUGAAGAUGGAUACAGACUGUGUAAUGACCUUAUGACCCUCAUUCAAGAAAGAGCAGAUAUUGAGAAGGCAUAUGCAAAGAGCUUGAAGGGUUGGUCAAAAAAAUGGAAUGACUUGAUUGAAAAAGGUCCUGAGUAUGGGACCACAGAAGCAGCCUGGAAGGGAGUUUUAGGUGAGGCAGACAGGUUGUGUGACCUGCAUCUGAAGGUCAGGGACAAUCUCUGCAAUGAUGUCAUGCAACAAGUUAAAACAUGGCAGAAAGAUACAUACCACAAGUCAAUGAUUCAAAUAAAAGAAAGAAAAGAAAUGGAAGACUCGUUUAAAAAGGCUCAGAAACCAUGGUCAAAGCUGUUAGCAAAAGUGAACAAAACCAAGGUGGACUAUCAUACUGCAUGCAAAACUGAAAAGUCUGCAUCAAAUCAGGAAAGGAAUGCAUCAGCAGAUAGUUCCCUCUCGCCUGAUCAGAAAGCAGCCUUGGUGAAGAAAAUGCAAGACCGUGUACAGAAAUCUAAAGAAGAUGUUCAGAAGGCUAAAGAGAAAUAUGAGGCGGCUUUAGAUGAAAUAAAUGGCUACAACCCUAAAUAUAUGGAAGACAUGACCGUCGUAUUCGAUAAGUGCCAAGACAUGGAAGCACAGAGGUUGCAGUUCUUCAAGGAUAUAAUGUUCAAUAUUCACAAAUGUCUCAACAUUUCGCAAGAUCCAGUUCUUCCUCAGAUCUAUGAAGAAUUCUAUCAUACAGUAAAUAAUGCAGACCGUGAAAAAGAUCUGAAAUGGUGGUCCAAUACGCAUGGUGUUAACAUGGCCAUGAACUGGCCAUACUUUGAGGAAUACACAGAGGAGUUCAGGGAUAUUGCCAAGGGCAGGUCAAAGGACGCUAUCCCAGGAAUCAUGCUCAUCAAUCAGCGCCCUGUUGGAGAGGAUUUGCAUGAAUUUCCCCCAGUUAACAAUAAAGUAGCAAGAAAGCCUGCAUCAAGGGUGAUAAUUACAGACGCAACAUCAGAAACAAAAAUGGAAGGGAAGCCAAAAGAGAAUGCAGAAAGGGCAAACAGAACACAAGCAAUUACGAAUGGGACACGAUCUGAAGCAAACCCAUUUGAGGAAGAAGAAUGGGAUGAGGAGGGUGGAGAAGCUCUAGUGGACACAGGAGAGCCGGGUGUUCCUGUCAAAGCACUGUAUGACUACGAAGGAGCAGAGUCUGAUGAACUUAGCUUUAGACAAGGAGACGUAUUUGAGAAGCUGGAAGAUGAAGAUGAACAGGGAUGGUGCAAAGGCAGGAAGGAUGGACGUGUGGGCCUGUACCCAGCAAAUUAUGUUGAAGUGGUAUCACAAUAACUUGAUUAUUGAAACUAUACACAAAGUGCUUCCUUCCCAAGUGGAAUGCUGGCCAUUGUAUACAAUAUUUUUCGUACGUUACAAGAUUUGUGGGAGCUUAUUCAGCAAGAAUCUUGAAGAAUAAGAAAUUGCUUUGUGCAAUUAGUAGUAGUUGUGUUUCAUAGACUAAUGUUUAAUAGUUUUAUUGACCAGAAUACUUUGGAUUGAAUGCAUGAAGUUCUUUUAUUCACAGUGGAGGAAAAUAAAAUAUGUAGAAUACUGUAUAAACAAUGGCCAAGUGUUACGUUUUUUUUGUGACAUUCCAUAUUUAUGAAUUUUGGAAAAGAAAUUUUCUCGCCGGUUCUUGUCUUUCCUUUGAUUCUUGUUUGCUCAAUAUGUAUCCUACUGGGAAUAGGUAAGAAUUAAAUUCUGAGCAGAUUAUAGUACCUUACACCAACAUACAAUUUGAAGUAUAAGAGAGAACUCCAUUAUAAACAUGCAGCAAGCUAUGGUUUUGGUCAAUGCUGAUAAUCCAAAACUAAUUCUGCUCAAAGUAGUAAUAUAUCCAGUCUCAGUGAGGACUUCGGAAGUGGCACUUAAUUUUCUUUUAUGGUCCUGUAACAGUUCUAAUAUUAUAAAGAAAGCAGUUUCUUGUUCUUGAGAUAAUCGAGUGAUUGUUAAAUAGUUGUGUAAGUUCUGAACGUGAAUUUGAGAGAUUUAGACUCUCGUGACUGGCCAGCCAUCUUUUGACCGUGACAUCCCAGCUCCCCCAGUGCUACAGGAAUACUGUGUUAUCAAGAACAUAUCAUGCAUUCAUGAACAGUUUCAGACAGAAAGUAUAGCUGCUUCCAAGUCUGUGUUACUGCAACUGGUCUUGUACAAUUGCAUAAAUUUCUGUGUAUGAGACUUCUCUGCCAUUCAGUCCAGUACAUGUAAUGAAGAUACAUAUAAAUAUGAAUUUGAGUUCUAAAUAUCGUGUAUAUGUUGAGUUUCAAAACCAUUAACAGAGAUUAAAGUAUACAAACAAAUGUAAAAGUGUACAUUUUUCUUGGGUUUAGGUAGGUCAUCUGCACAGAUAUUGUGUUGUUUAACCAGAAAAAAAUGUAAUAUUACAUCAGAAUAAUGAAGUUCAUUGGUGCUUUUCAUCAUGUUAGCAUUUUUAAUUGUUGAUUUAAAGGUGUAAUGAUUAUUUAAUUUUGAAAUGUUUGAAGUAUACAUCCAAGAGUCCUGCUUGUCAUGGAAAUAGAAUACCUAUAUUGGUUGUGUGAUGUAAAUUUCAGGAAAGUUUUACAUUUCAGUGCAGUGAGAUUUUGAAAUGUGAUUUCAUUGAUUGAUGGACCAUAGUUGUCUACAAAGAACAGUGAAUAUACAGUAUCCUUUUUUGAUCCAUUCUUUUCAAGGGAACAUAAUUCUCCCUCUGGCUCAUCUUUCUUUGUGGUGUUAUACUGAUUGUAAUACCAAUUUUGAACUGAUUAUACCCAUUUCAUUUCAUAAUCUUGGUUGUUUAAAAAUUUGUUUGAGCUUUUUUGUUUUGAUUCUGAAAUUGUUAAAACUGGAGAAAUAUUAUACAAAAUCAUCUUGUGUAUGUAAGUUGUUGGUGGUUGAUCUGCAUUGAUUUCAUUGUUUCUGACACUUGAGUUCAGGAAAUUUGACUUUUCUUUUUAUGAUGUGUGAAAGUGUAUGUGUGUGAAGUUUCAUAUUGUGUGUGUAUAUGAAGGUGAAGCGUUUGAAUUUUGAGGAAUAAGUAACGGGAUUCAGUAUUGGUUAAAAGUUAAGAUAAAUUUAACAGAGCAAUUAAUGGGGCCACAGAAAACUAGAUAUAUGUGGGAGUCAUCUUUAAAAAAGAAAAGUAAGGAAAUAUAAAGUUUAAAGUCAUAUAUAAGAAAAAUGUUCACAUACUUUGUCAGUUUAAAUGCAAGUAUUAUACUUCUUCACUGUUUGAUAGGCCUACAUGCAUGUUAAGUAACUAGCAAUUAUGUGAUUAUGUAAAUAUAAUUCUGUGAAAGUCAAUGUAUACAUUUUACUUGAGGGAAGGAACUGAGGAGGUGGUAAUUGUUACUGUAACUCUGUUUAUGCUAGCUGUCCUCUUAACCUCCAGUAACAUAGGCUUUUGUAUAUUUUAGAUAAAAGUGUUUGAAUAAGAGUCUGUUGGAGUAAUGAAAAAUUCAUAACAUAAUUUAUAUUUGCAGACUUUUGAGAGAUUUGAAUAUCGUAAUAAUUGUAAACUUUUGUAUCCUUCCCUCCACUGAUUUCAGAACUUAAGGAAUGAACGUGGUAGUACCUUAGUAACUUGAUGCCUUCUUCCUUCUUGCAUCAUCAUUGCAUUUGGCUAAGGUGAUAACAUGAGAAAAUUCCGUAAACAUUUGGUUAGUGACAUCUAUAUGAAAUGGUUGUGCCGGUUUGUAUACAUGAUUCAUUAUGUGUAAGAGAACAACCAGUCUCUUUGUUGUCGUCAUUACCAUCGUCGUCAUCAUCAUCAUCAUCAUCAUGAGAUAUUUAAAAAAAUAUGUGAGCAUAUAAAGCUUAGUAUAGUUGCCAUUUGGCUGUGUAAACCUUUGGAUGAUAUUAUGCUUUAUAUACAAACAUGUACACAGAUUUUCAUAUGCCUAAAAUGUUAUUUGACCCUUACUGUCUCUUCCUGUUAACUUACUUCUGUACACACAACAUGCUUUACAUAUGAUGUAAGGUUUGGAACUGAGAAGUGCAUUUACAUGUUUCCACAAAAGUAAUAUGUACAUACACUGCACUGGAUUAAGUGAAUCAGAAAUCCUAUUUGUAUACAAGUUGAAGGAGCCAUAACUAAUAGUUGUGUUUGUUACAUUAUACCGGCAACCUGUUGCAGACAAUUACCCUGUCUCCAGUCUUUGCUAUUAUAUUGCCUGUAUCAUUUGCAGAGGCAGGAAAUUAUUAUUAUUGGGAAGUUAUGGACAUUACCUCAUGAUGCCACUGCUAUCUAACUUGCCACAAAAAUAUUCUAAUUGGUGUUUGUAAUACUUCCUCGUAGAACUUUUGUUCAUUCAGUUUUAGUUCCAAAGCUAUAGUAAGCAGCCAAUUUAGAUUCAAUUAACCUACCUGCUCCCCUGCCUUGUUUUAAAAAAGAGAAUUUACUUGAUCUGUAGGCAGAAGUGCUUAGGGCAUGAUGCACAGAGCCAUACUAAUAACACAAUCACAAAACAGUGACUCUUAAAAGUGUUACAUUUACCUGAAAGGAAUUAUUAGAGUUCAGGUGGUGUAUUUUCUUACUAAGAUGUGUAUGCACGUGGUCAUCAGAGUGAUGUCAUUUUGUUGACACACACUUUGUGAGGACUGUAGACUAGAAGUGCAGAAGGGAAGGAUGACUUAUGGUCAGAUAAUGAAAGUAAAGCUAUAUUGCCAUACCUUUACUAAAGCAGCUGUGGUUUUGUUGAACAGCUCAGAAUCCAAGAACAUGAAUCUCAGGUCCUUUGUCAGCUAAGUUUGUUGAACUGUCACUUCAUUCAGAUGUGUCAGUUGCACUGUCACUGCCUUGAGAGCAUAUAAUGACAUUGUCCCCAGAUUCCUCUUCAUUAGACCCAUAUUCACAUUUAAAGGCAUUUCACCCCAUAAAUAAUGAGACAGGAACAGACCGACAGGUUGCUCAAGUAUUCACAUUAGACCAGCAUUGAAAUGUUGCAGCAGGUUCUAUUUUGCAACUGACAAGUGUCAGCAUUUCUCCCAACUCUGCUGACAAAGGGACAAAAUGUGAACAUCAUAUAAUACAUUCCAAAAUAUUUAGCCUGCUGAAGGUCCAUUCUAUCCCUUUCAGUAUCAUUAUAUAUAGUGUGGAUGAAUCUUUUUUUAUUUUAAUAAAUUCCAUUUCAGUUC